AGGCCCCAAGGAAAUUUUGUCCGUUUAGCUCUUUUGUGAAAAGACAAAACCAGUGUGUACGUUAUAGAGGUGAAUUGUAUGAUUCAUCAGCUUAUUGCUGUGUGUAGGUGAUAUAAUCUCUCAACAAAACUCCAAUCAAUGACACCUCUCAGAACAAAUUGGCGAAGCUCAUCGCAGAUGGACGGACGGCGAGCCCCUAUCGGGGCUCGUUGUGCGCUGCCGUUGUUAUCGCUUGCAUCGCUAAAUUUUUUCCCAUACAGAUUUCCACCGCUGGAUGCUAAGCUUACCAAUAACCAUGUCGUUCAGCUCUUCAAUUCAUCUCAAACAAAUCCUCCAAUUGUAUAAACCUGGAGUAAAUCAUCUCGAGCUUUGUAUAAUUG